GACUUUUCUGGUUCCAACCAAAACCCAAGUCGCUAGAUUAGUUUGUGUUUGUUCCUGGGAAUCUGGGAUAUUAUUGGAAAUUUGGUAUUAGGGUUGUUGGGUUUGAUCUACCGGAGCACUGUGUCAGUGAAAGUCUUGAGCUUUUGUGACUUUUAAAGCCUCUUCUUUGCUUUCUGAGAAGCCAAUGCUAUUGAACUAAGCUCUCUCAGUUAAACAGUUUGGUUGGUUUUUCAAGUACCCAAUUUGCAGUAGAAACCAAAAUCAGUUUACUACUUGAUGUCGUGGGCAGGCCCAGAAGACUCUCUCCUCACUACUUCUCUCGCGAGCUAUCUUGACAAAAAGCUUCUUUUCUUAUUGCGAGAUGGGCGAAAAAUUUUGGGGUUACUAAGGUCUUUUGACCAAUUUGCUAAUGUUGUACUUGAAGGUGCAUGUGAACGGGUUAUUGUCGGUGAACUUUACUGUGACAUCCCAUUAGGUCUGUAUGUAAUCCGUGGGGAGAAUGUUGUAUUAAUUGGAGAACUGGAAUUGAAUAAGGAGGAGCUUCCCCCACAUAUGACUCCGGUUCCCGAAGCAGAGAUAAAAAGGGCUCAGAAAGCAGAGAGGGAUGCUUCAGACUUAAAAGGCUCCAUGAGAAAAAGAAUGGAGUUUCUUGAUUUCGAUUAACUUGUCCUCCCAUUAUAUCAUGGGUUCAUGCCAUGUCCGCAAAAUUUUAAUGCGGCAGUGACCCAAGACUCAGUAGGAGUGCAAAAUGAAGAAGCAAAGAGAAUCGGUUUUGAGGACUCAUUGAACAAAGGGUGAGAUGGAAAGUUGUGUUUUGGGUUCUAAAUAAUCGGUUCGGGUUUUAGUUGGCAAUUCCUUCUUUGUUGAACAUUAUUUCUAUUUUGGUCAUUUUAUUUGUAAGAUGGUGAUUCCUUAUAAAUUCACUUUUCCCUUUACA